AAUAAAUCCAAAUUUGAAACAUCUUCCAACCCUAACCACAAGAUUCCUCUACGGCGGCGGUUCGGGAGGGGGACAGACUGACAAUACUGAAGUUUCUUCUUCUCCUUUCUCCGUAUUCAUAACAUUCUCUGCUACCGAGCAAUCGAAAGUGUAGGAGAAGUCGCAAUGUAACCGAGUGCCGUACUGGUUAACAAUAGACUCCAUUAUUUCUUCUUGCAGUGUUGAGCGGUUGAAGACAAACCUAAGAACAAAAACAAAGCCUACAUGAUGCGCGAGACUGGAAUUCUUUGGCUGCACAAUCCUAGAAUUGGUGGUGAAAAACUAAACCUUACAUGAGGGAAAGGGCGCACAAACUCCAGUAUUUGGGUGACGUGUUUAGUCAAAGUGCAAACAGAUAUUUAUCUCUGCUCGCAACACAGUGGUGGGAAUAUAGUCCCUGUGUUACAAGUGAUAGAUGGCUACGUUGACCCAUAAAUCACCAUUGAUCUUGCCGCCAAGCUCAUCACUGAAUUCAAGGCCUGCACAAUUGCAGAAUGUUCAAUCUGCCAGGGUGUUGACAACCUUCAUAAAACCCACGAUAACCCCUUCCCUUAAAGCAGCCCAUGGAGAAGGAAACUUUGGAGAAGCAUUCACAUCUUUCAGCGAGUUGUUUUCUCAGGGUAAACCAUCUCAAACAUGCUUAGAUAAAGACUACUCAUUGCUCAUCGAAAUAUGUGCUGCCCAGAGGGCACAGUCAUGUGGUAAGCAAAUUCAUGCUCAUGCCCUGAAAGGUAACUGGGUACAUGAUAUAGUAUUCUUGAACACCAAACUUAUAUUUAUGUAUGGAAUGUGUGGGUCGUUGACGGAUGCUAGGAAGGUGUUUGACAGAAUGCCCCAGAGAACUAUUUUCACCUGGAAUGCUAUGGUUGGAUCUUAUGUAAACAAUAGUGAACCUAUGGGAGCAAUUAAGGUAUAUGAGGAGAUGCGGGCUUUAGGAGUUUCCUUUGAUGCACAUACUUUUCCUUGUGUCUUAAAGGCAUGCAGUGAAAUUGGAGAUUUAAGUUGUGGGACUGAGAUUCAUAGUUUAGUUAUAAGAUCAGGCUUUCUAUCCAAUACUUUUAUUUUGAACUCUCUUGUGGAUAUGUAUGCCAAGAGCAAUGAUGUCAGCUCUGCAAGGCUGGUUUUUGACAGGAUGAGUGACAGAGUAGACAUUGUGUCAUGGAAUUCUAUGAUUUCAGCUUAUUCUACGCACGGGAAGACCGAAGAAGCAUCGAGUCUUUUUAUAAAAUUUCUGAAAGCAGGUUUGAAGCCAAGUACAUAUACUCUUGUGGCUGCUUUUCAGGCAUGUAAGGACCAAUUUCUUGGGGAAUUUGGUGUAGAAGUUCAUGCUCUUGUUAUAAAAUAUGGUUAUUCUCUUGAUGCUUAUGUUGCUAAUGCUUUGUUGGUUAUGUAUAUACGGAACAAUAAAAUGUAUGAAGCUUCCACAAUUUUUAAUGGUGUUAGUCAGAAAGACAAUAUUUGUUGGAAUUCCAUGAUAUCUGGUUAUUUACAAAACGGGCUUUUUACUGAAGCGAUCACUUUGUUUCACCAGAUGAAGAAUUCAGGGAGGAAACCUGACUAUGUCUCACUCAUGAGUGUGCUUUCUGCAUCUGGAAGAUUGGAAAAUUUGACGCAUGGAAAGGAAACUCACGCAUUUGCAAUGAGACAUGGUUUGGAUGGUGAAUUACAAAUCGGUAACACUCUUGCAGAUAUGUAUGCGAAGUGUGGUAAUAUAGAUUACAUGGACCGUGUCUUUCAUAGAAUACUCAACAAAGAAAAAGUUUCUUGGACAACUGUCAUUUCUGCAUAUGCGCAGAACAGAUAUCACCACCAAAACGCACUGCAACUGUUCCAGAAAGCUCAGAAGGAAGGAAUUGAAAUUGAUGCAUUGAUGAUUGGAAGCAUCCUCCUUGCUUGCGGUGAGUUGAAAAUCAAUUUAAUGGCUAAACAAAUUCAUGGUUACACAAUUAGAAAAGGUUUAUAUGAUCUCAUUACACAGAAAACUCUUAUUAGUGUUUAUGGGGAUUGUGGGAACUUGGAAUAUGCCAGAAACAUAUUUGUGUUGAUUGAAUUUAAAGAUGUUGUGUCCUUGACUAGCAUGAUGUAUUGUUAUGUACACAAUGGUCUUGCAAAUGAUGCUCUUGACCUUGUGCUCUAUAUGAAAGAAAUGGGUAUGGAAAUGGAUUAUGUUGCAGUCUUGAGCAUGAUCUCUGCUGCUACUACUCUAUCAGUUUUAAGAAAAGGGCGAGAGAUUCAUGGAUACUUAAUUAGAAAAGGCUACCUUUUACAGGGCUCUAUAGCAAGCUCUCUUUUGGAUAUGUAUGCCUGCUGCGGGGCACUUGAGGACUCAAAAAGAAUAUUUUCUAGUGUAAGUGAAGCAGAUCUCGUUCUCUGGACAAGUAUGAUCCACGCAUUUGGAAUGCAUGGACAUGGAGUUGAAGCCAUUGGCUUAUUCAGAAAGAUGGAGGAAGAAAAUAUUAUUCCCGACCAUAUCACUUUUUUGGUUCUUCUUUAUGCAUGUAGCCAUUCAUCACUAGUGGAGGAUGGCAAAAGGAUUUUUAAGAUAAUGGAGAUGAAGUAUAAUUUGGAGCCUUGGCCAGAACACUAUGCCUGUUUGGUUGAUUUGCUUGGUCGUGCAAACUAUUUGGAGGAAGCAUUUCAAACUUUGAAAACAAUGAAAUCAGGACCGACGGAAGCUCUUUGGUGCUCUCUGCUCAGUUCUUGUCACGUACACUCUAACAAAGAAUUAGGAGAUAUUGCUGCAAAGAAGCUUCUAGAUCUGAAGCCUCAGAAUCCUGGAAAUUACGUGCUUGUGUCUAAUGCAUAUGCUGCAAGAGAUAAGUGGGAGGAUGUGGAAGAAGUGAGGUUUACAAUGAAAGGGAUGGGUAUGAAGAAAGAGCCCGCUUGCAGUUGGAUUGAGAUUGGAAAUAAGGUUCACACGUUUGUGGCUCAUGACAAGUCUCACCAAUGCUGUGAUGAGAUUUACCGAAACUUAGCUUAUGUCACCAAGAAAUUGGAGAUGGAGGGAGGCUAUGUUGCUCAAACCAAAUAUGUAUUGCAAAAUGUAGAGGAGAGUGAAAAAGUUGAACUGCUUAAUGGACACAGUGAAAGGCUGGCUAUGGCUUAUGCUCUACUUGUUACACAUGAGAAAACCCCAAUACGUAUCAUGAAGAACCUACGCAUAUGCGGUGAUUGUCAUACUUUCAUCAAGCUGGCUUCGAGAUUCCUUCAACGGGAGAUUAUAGUGAGAGACUAUAAAAGAUUUCACCACUUCAGGAAUGGAGCUUGUUCUUGUGGAGAUUUUUGGUGAAUAUCAGUAUAAACUAGCAGUAAAAGAUAUCUGCUUUUGGGGGGAUAGUUGGCACAUUAAAAUUCUGAUCGGUUGUAAUUGUAAUAGUUCCGUUGUAAUGAGUACAUAACUUUAACGGCUAUGAGUUAUAUGAAGAGUUAAUGACUCAAAUAGGACUAAUAACAAAGUUAAUU